AUGGUUGACCAGUUGCGGGAGCGCACCGAGCGGCUGCUGGCCGACUACCUGGGGUGCUGCGCCCGGGAACCCGGCACCCCCGAGCCGACGCCGUCCACGCCCGAGGCCGCCAUGCUGCGCUCCGCGGCCGCCAGGUUACGGCAGCUCCACCCGUCCUUCUUCUCCGCCUACCUCGGCUACCCUGGGAACCGCGUCGAGCUGGUGGUGCUGAUGGCGGAUUCCGUGCUCUCCGACAGCCCCGGCCCCACCUGGGGCAGAGUGGUGACGCUCGUGGCCUUCGCAGGGACGCUGCUGGAGAGAGGGCCGCUGGUGACCGCCCGGUGGAAGAAGUGGGGCUUCCAGCCGCGGCUAAAGGAGCAGGAGGGCGACGUCGCCCGGGACUGCCAGCGCCUGGUGGCCUUGCUGAGCUCGCGCCUCGUGGGGCAGCACCGCGCCUGGCUGCAGGCUCAGGGCGGCUGGGAUGGCUUUUGUCACUUCUUCAGGACCCCCUUUCCGCUGGCUUUUUGGAGAAAACAGCUGGUCCAGGCUUUUCUGUCAUGCUUGUUAACAACAGCCUUCAUUUAUUUCUGGACACGAUUAUUAUGAGUUUUAAAACUUUUAACCCGCUUCUACCUGCACAGCUGUGACCAACUAAAUGACAGAGGUGUGAAAACAAGAACUGAGGGAAAGCACCUUCCCCCACUCCAGACGUUUUUACCUGAAUGCAUACAAGGAGUCCUCAGGUGGUUAUUUGGCCAGUGUUUUAACUUGUGACAAGUACUCAGGUGUGAGGACAAGAAUGCAAAUGGCUCUUCCUUGAGUGAAAGAAAUGGGGAGUCUAGAGCCUCAUUAUGCCAAAGAAUCGCAGAAGAAACUGCAUUCCAUUAAAUGGGAAAUACGGUGCUAUUUGCUAAAACUUGGAUAAGAGUGCGAACCUCUCAUCUCUCCACAACUUCAUGUGCUGCUGACUAAUUUUAAUCAUGGCCACAGCUGGGGCAAAAU